CUUUCAUUAAUUUUUCAUUUCUGUUGUCAUCUUUAUUGUGUUUACAAAAUUAUAGAAAUUUACUACAUUGUAGGGAGCAGACGAGUUAUUUUAUCACCACGAUUUAGUAAACCUAAAUCAAUUCGACCUACUGUGGCAAGAGCAUAUAAUAAGCAUGGGUAUCAUUAGACCCACAAGGCUUGUAAUUUUAAGAUAAUUUAUGUUACUUAAAAAGCUUUAUAUUUCUUAUUAAGAUUAUUACGCGUGACAGGACUCUAUACAUCGGCGUCAAGGAAACUUACAUUUUCAUAUUAAAGAAUCUCGCUGAUGACUCAUUGAAUUAUUCGUGGGGUGAAGUUAGUGGUUUAGAUUCGUCAAAGAUGAAACUUUGCGUGUGUCCUGAAAAAGGAGAAGUAUUAGCUAGAGGCACUAAAAAAAUUGAAAUAACUAUCACACCACUUUCAGAGGUUAAAUAUUUGUUUAAUUUUUCAAAAAUUUGAUUUUGGGAAAAUAUUUGGUUUACUAUUUAUUUUUAAUUUCUAGGGGAUCGUGCAAUCGUUAUUUAUACCAUGUUUUGUGGGAGAUUCGCGGAAGAUGAUAAUGCUGGGCAUCGAAUGUUUCAUCGAAUCACUUUAUGUCAUAUUUUAUUUUCCAUUAAACGACGAUACGCCAUUGUUAAUGAAUAAUUUUGUUAAAGUAAAGUGGCGGGCAGAUAGUCUCAAACUUGCUUUGGAUAUGGCGGGAAAAUCUAGACAGCACAUGCGCGUAAUUCAAAUGGACUGUCAAUCUUAAUGUACAACUUCGCAGAAAUUAUUAGACAAGUACAAAAAGCGAGAGGAACGAGAAUUAAUGAACACGAAUCUGGAUCAAGGAGAGGUUCUUAAAGAUGCUUCAGCAGGUCCUUCUAUGCAAGAAGUGGCAGUUGACGAAUCAGGCGAACAGCCCUUCCUAAGUACUCGUACUUCAGAAAUCAUUAAGAUGAGCAACAUAACAGAAAAUGACAAUUAUUUGGUUUCCUCUGGAAGCAUUGUACCAUUCCACGAAAAAUUCUUACCACUGGUUACACAGCCUGUUGUAAUAGAAUUUCCAGGUUUAUCGUUAAGAACAGUGCAGAAGAAAACUUUUAUAAUAAAAAACGAGACUUCGAUUCCAACUAAUUAUUGGCUUCGUAUAAAGAACUUUUAUCCCAUCAUGUGUUCGUGUAAAUGGAAGUCGCAAGAAGAUCGGAUCAGGUUCAUUUAUAAACGAGUUUUUAGUCGGCGGAAGGAAUUAAUAGAAGACACAUUGUGCAAAGUAAAACAACCUGGAUCAGGUAUGGUAGUCUAUGUUGAUCCCUUAAAUUCAGAUAUUGGUCCUUUCAAAGCCAUGCCUGUGGACAUUUAUGUUUUUGCUGAUACAUGGGGUUAUUAUGUGGAUGAAUUAGAAAUAAAUAUUGCUGGUUUACCACAGUAUACUAUAGGGAUAUGUGUACAAGUUGUUGGAUCACCAAUAUCAUUGUCAAUUUCUGAUAGAAAUGAAUCUAAUAUACCUAUUAUUAGAUAUGGAAUGGUAGCUGUAGGUAGUCGCCUACAUGGGAGAAAAAUAUCAUUGACAAAUACAAGCGCGAUACCUAUAAUUAUUGACUGGCAUACAUUUGUAGUCAAGCCAGUUCUAGAAUCAAUGCCUUUUAACGUAGCAUUUAGCUUUCAUACACCAUUUACUGACGAAUUAGCAUCAAAAUUGAGAAAUAAUAAGCAGAAGACUAAUAGUGAAAUACACCUAGAAAAACACUAUCCAUACUCAAAAGUCUUACAUACAUGUGAUUCUAGUGAAUUCAGCAACACUAGUGAUAUUACAACAUCUAGUUACAUGGAAUCCUCACACAUGACCUCAUCCUGGAUGUGUAAUGGUGAAAUUUCCAAACAGUAUACCACCAGUAGCUCCAAUAGAUGUUCAAAAAGUGAAAAUAAAUAUACAAAAGAUGAGAUAUGCUUCAAUGCAAAUAAUAUAGUAGAGAAGAAAGACAUUGAAAUACAAAUUUCGAUACUUCCUUACUAUGGUUUAAUUGAUACAAGAAUAUGCACGGUUACCCCUAGAGAAAUGUUCAUCCUACCCAAAAGUAAUACCUCCCUAAUUAUUGAUAUACAACUUGAAAGAUACAAAACUAUGAUGGAAACAAAUGAAAGUAUCGAAGGAGAAUUUUUUUGCAAAAUUCUUGGAUUUCUACGAGUUGCUCCAAAUGAUAUGUUUGUAUAACUGACUUGUGAUACAAAUCAAUGUAAAAUAUCUACAGUGAAUUAUAUGACACUAUAUAAUAAUAAUAGGUACAGAGAUAACUAUUAUGCUAGACAGAGUGGCAAUUAUUUUUCUCCUGUAGAAAUUGAUGUUACUGCAAAUAUUACUAAAUCUACAUUGGAUUUUAAUAUUUCUAAAUUUGAUAGAACGUUUAUAUGUUGUGCCAGUAAAGUAAUACGAAGUCGAAGGAAAAGAUUAGAGUAUGUAAAAUUACAAAAUAUAAAAUUCUUAUUCAAAGAAUAGAAUAUUUCUUCACCUAAUCUAUUUUUCUUAGACUGACUAAAACAUUAUUUUUGUACAACACUAAAAACAAGCUAAUAGAGAUAACUUUAGAAACAUAUGAACCAUUUUAUAUCAAAUCUACAUCAAUUUAUGGAGAAGCAGAUCUAUCUAAGUCUGGAAUUAUAUGCAUAAAUCCAAAUGGAUAUAUUGAAGUAAUUUAUCUUUUCCUUUGGCAGAAAUACAAAUUUUGAGUAACAUUCUUUUUAUAGGUAAAAAUUGCAUGUAUUGUAGAAGAGAAAUUAAUUCAAACUAUAAUGAAUACAAGUUCAAAUCAAGAUUUCCAUGAUCCAAAGAUCACAAUAAGAGAACCAUUACACAUUAUACAUUCUGAUAAACGAUAUCAAGUAUUAAUCAUUUUUCUUUUUUGUUCUACUUGAAUGAACAUAAUAAAUCCUUAAAUUUAUGUGAUUUUAGAACUUGGAAUUAAUUUUGCAAAUAUGGUUACCAGUGUUAAAAUUAUCAUCAUACACAUUAGAUUUUGGUCUUGUUUACAUAGGUGAUGCAAAGAAACUAUCAUUAACUAUCAGAAACUUAUCAAGUAUAGCCAUAAUUGUUAUCUUCUUUAGUAUUUACAUACAUUAGCAUUAUUUUAACGUUAUACAUUAACUAAGUCUUAUUGAUUGAUUUUCAUUAGUAUGCAGUGUAAAUUAUAGAAUAAAUAAAAAAUCCAAAACCAAAGAAUUUAUGAUUGAUAAAAGGCAUGGAACAUUGUCAAGUCAAUAUAACUACCAAGGCUGUUAUUUCACAAUCAUGGUUGCUUUCCAACCAAAGUAAUAUAAUUUAAUCAUAAAUAUUCUAUCACUAACCAUACUGGUCACUGUACAAUAAUUACAAUAUUUACAGAAAACCAGGGAAACUAUUCGAAACAUUAGAAAUACUAACAGAUAUCCCAUACAAUACAGAAGAAUGCCAACUUUACGGAGAAGGAACAUUAGAUGAAAAAUAUCAUACUCCCGGUGUAUAAAAGAAUAAACAAUUACAAAUCUACUUAAAAAUUAUGAUUCAUUAACAAAAUAAAAAACAGUUUACGAAAGAGAGUUAAAAUAAAACAGAGCGUUAUUAGUAGUUACGUUAAUAGUAUUCUAAUAAAUGAUAAAUGCGUAAAAGAGAACAUAAACAUUCAUAUCGAUAACAUAAUUCCGAUUAUUAUAUAAAUCGGAAUAUAUAAACUGAAA